AUGGCUGCACGAAAAUCACAGGAAAAUUUUAGCUCAACCUUCAGUUCAGGCGUAUCUAAUACAACUGCUGCAACAACAGCGCCAACAACAUGUCAGAAUAUGGCUCAAAACUAUCUGUUAGUUUGGGCAGAUGCAAGCAUCGAUGAAACCAACAAGGACUGUCAAAAUACGUUGAUACAGUUACGAGCUGUGGUCAACGAUAUUACUAUGUGCACUGAACCCAACGAAUGUAUCGAAUUUUUCGAUAAAUUCAAGGACGAAACAAGUUUCCUCAUCACAUCAGGAUCCUUGGGGCAACAUUUAGUUCCUGAAAUCCAUGGCAUACCAAAAUUAGAUGCCAUUUACAUAUUUUGUGACAAUAUAUCUUAUCAUCAACAAUGGACUGAGAACUGGAAAAAGAUCAAGGGUGUUUAUAACAAUAUCAAGGACAUCUGUGACGCUUUAAAGGGAGGUGUCAAACAAGUCAAUCAAGAUUCAAUUUCUGUUAGCUUUUUCGCAGAAAAUGACGAUGUAUCCGCUGAAAACCUAAACCAAUUGGAACCCAGUUAUAUGUACACACAAAUAUUCAAGGAGAUUCUCCUUGAAAUGGAACAUGAACACAACCAAGCCGUCAAGAUCUUAGCGAUGUAUUACCGCAAAUUUUAUCAUGACAAUAUGACUAAAUUAAACAUUAUUGAAGAAUUUGAACAUGACUAUCGCAAAGAAAAGGCAAUUUGGUGGUAUACACGUGAUUGUUUUACCUAUCAAAUGCUCAAUUGUGCACUUCGAACAUUAGAUGCCAAUACAAUUAUUAAUAUGGGAUUUUUUAUUCAUGAUCUCCAUCAACAAAUUAAGGAACUACAUGAACAACAACUUUCAAACUAUCAUAAUAAGCCUUUUGUAGUUUAUCGAGGACAAGGUCUGUCGAAAACUGAUUUUGAUAAACUCAAAAACACAAACGGUGGUCUCAUGUCUUUUAACAACUUUUUAUCCACCAGCGAUGAUCAAGAUGUUUCCUUCGCGUUCGCCGAGAGUGCUUUAGCAAAUACAGAUAUGGUGGGAAUACUUUUUAUAAUAACUAUUGAUCCUCGUGUUUCAUCAACACCAUUUGCCUCUGUUAAGGAGGUUAGUUAUUUCAAAACAGAAGAAGAAAUACUCUUCUCCAUGCACGCCGUGUUUCGAAUAGGUGCAAUUAAACAAAUGGGCAAUAAUGAUCAACUUUUUCAGGUAGAACUUCAACUAACUGCUGAUGAUGACGAACAACUUCAGCGACUUACUGAAUGUAUAAGCGAAGAGAUUGGAGGUAAUACUGGAUGGGAACGAUUGGGUAACUUAUUACUUAAAACAGGUCAUUUCGAUGAAGCUGAAGAACUAUAUAAAGUACUAUUUAAGCAACCAUCAAGUGAGAAUAAUAAAGCAGUUUAUUACAAUCAGCUUGGAUAUGUAAAACAUCGUCAAGGUAAUUAUGAACAGGCUAUUGAUUAUUACACAAAAACAUGUGAAAUCUUUGAAAAAAAUCUUCCUGCAAAUCACCCUUCGUUCGCUAAUGCUUACAACAACGUUGGUAGUGUGUAUGAUAACAUGGGGGAGUACUCGAAAGCACUCUCAUUUUACGAAAAAACACGUCAACUAUUAGAAAAAACUCUUCCUGCAAAUUACCCUGACUUGGCUACUUCUUACAACAACAUUGGUAGCGUGUAUGAUAACCUGGGAGACUACGUGAAAGCACUUUCAUUUUACGAGAAGGCACUUGGAAUUCAAGAAAAAGCUCUUCCUGAAAAUCACCCUUCGUUGACUGCUUCCUACAACAACAUUGGUAGUGUAUAUGUUCAUAUGAAAGAAUACUUGAAAGCACUUCCAUUUCACGAAAAGGUACUUAGAAUUUCUGAAAAAACUCUUCCUGCAAAUCAUCCUGACUUGGCUACUUCUUACAACAACAUUGGGACUGUGUAUUAUAACACGGAAGAGUACUCGAAAGCACUUUCAUUUUACGAAAAAACACUUGGAAUUCAAGAAAAAAAACUUCCUCGAAACCAUCCUCAUUUGGCUAUUUCCUACGACAACAUCGGUAGUGUAUAUGAUAACGUAGGAGAACACUCGAAAGCACUUCCGUUUUACGAAAAAACACUUGGAAUUCGAGAGAAAACUCUUCCUGCAAACGAUCCUUUGUUGGCUACUUCCUAUAACAACAUUGGUUUGGUGUAUUACAACAUGGGAGAGUACUCGAAAGCACUCUCAUUUUACAAAAAAACACGUAGAAUCUUAGAAACAACUCUUCCUGCAAAUGAUUCUUUGUUGGCUACUUUGUACAACAACAUUGGUAGUGUGUAUGAUAGCAUGGGAAAGUACUCGAAAGCACUUUCAUAUUUUGAACGUGCUUGA